GAGACUUUUUUUUUUUUGGGGCGAAAGGUAAAAUAGUUAAAAAGAUACUAAGGUUCUGCAGAACGUGCAGCUGAGCUGCGAAAACACCGAAACUGUUUAUCAUCUCUUCGACUUUGAGUUUUCUCUUCAGUCAGGACUAUGAUUAAACUUUUUAAAGUAAAGGAAAAACAGAGAGAACUUGCGGAAAAUGCAGGUGGUGGACCACCCGUUAAGAAGCAAAGUGCUGGCGAGUUGCGUCUUCACAAAGAUAUAAGUGAGCUGAAUCUACCACAAUCUUGUACCAUACAUUUCCCCAACGGAAAAGAUGACCUGAUGAACUUCGAGGUUUCAAUUCGACCCGAUGAUGGAUAUUACGUAUGUGGCACAUUUUUCUUUUCCUUUCAAGUGUCUCCCAUCUAUCCACAUGAAGCGCCAAAGGUUAAGUGCAAGACAAAGGUCUAUCAUCCAAAUAUUGACUUGGAAGGAAAUGUUUGUCUCAACAUCUUACGAGAAGAUUGGAAACCUGUCCUUAAUAUAAACACUGUCAUCUAUGGCUUGUAUCAUCUCUUUACGGAACCAAAUUACGAGGAUCCACUGAAUCACGAUGCCGCAGCUGUGUUGAGAGAGAACCCAAGGUUGUUUGAAUGUAAUGUGAGGAGGGCAAUGUCAGGAGGGUAUGUGGGGCAAACCUUUUUCCCUCGUUGUACUUAGACCUUUGCUCAAUGCCUUCAAGUUCCUGUUCAAAUGUUAUCAAUGCUUGAAGGUCCUUGGUUUGUAAAAUCAAAGAAUUGGAUUUUUCUUUGUCAGUGCUGUUAUUUUUCUUGGUGGAGCAACAGGCCAAACAGAAACGCGUUUAAAGCCAAACAAGUGGAAUAUUAUUGUAACCUGUGCUUUAUUGAAUGUUGACGUAUUAUUCUAAAGGGGACCAAGCAGAAAAUGAGUUCAGCUGUUUAUGUUA